GUCUGAGCAUGAAGUGUCAUCAGUAGCUCUAACUUCAAGUAGUCGGAGAGCUCAACGGACAAUUCCAAAUCGUCGUAAGGGCAAUGGUAACGCAAAGCGGCACAGACAUGCCAGGAAAGCCUCGAUCAAUUAAACUGUGCCGCUGCCGAGGUCUCGCUUAUACAGGAUGAUCUUUGAUUCCGACGCAGCAGUAAUCAUCAAUAUUUAUGGCGGUUCACUAGACCCAUGAUUUCAAAUAUCUUCAGCUCCCUGACGUGCGACGUUACUACCAGAAGAGAUGCGAAGUCACUGGAAACCAAGUUGGACGAUCGUAUUCAAGUUCAAGCGAGUUUCUUCACCUUCACAGACACUUCCAUUGGAGGAGAUAGAGGAGCACUUUGCCCAUGCAGAACGCGAGCGGUCACGAAGGUUCGAGGGCUGGAAGUUGCAAUUCGAAUUUGACUUCCUCCAGGCCGAGGCUACUCGCCGUCUUCCCGAGGAACGAAGAGCGUCACAAAGCAAAAACCUUCUGCGUGAUGUGCACGACAAGUUCAUUGCAAGCCAGAAGGCACGAACUGAAAACUUUGAAGCGGCUGACGUGGCACAGGAGCAUGUCUUCCAAUCAAAUGAAGACCGUCGAAAUAUGAUCUUCAAUGAAGAGCAGGCUACUCGCGAACGUAACUUUUUGGAUUCCCAGGAAGCGCAAGUCCAACAGGCCGAGUGGUAUUAUCAUCUUAGAGUACAACUGUAUGCCGAUGGUCAUAAACAUCGAGAGCAGGUUUUCAACCGCGUCUCAAACGCAAUUUCGACCGAGUUCGGCGUCCUCUUGCAGUCCAUCCAAAGGGACUUCGCCGCUGCACAGACCAGGCGUGACGAAAUCAUCAAGAAAAUUAUGGAGUCCCCAGAGUUCACAGCUGCAAAUCCGGCCGAGACUAAUACUUCAAGCAUUCAUACUGAAUUCAGGCUCCCCAGCGACUUCAUGUCUAGGAUAGACCGAUAUACACCACCUAUCGCACCCCAUAGCUCAGGUGUCGGCCCACCGUCCGCCAUUCAUCGUCCCGAACCUGCACGCCGUCAGCGGCGCACCCGUUCCAGAGUUCCAUCCAUACAAAUGGCCGUCCCUUCGGGAUUUUAUAGUACCCAACAUCCCCUGAUGAGCCAUGCAUCAGUGUCCCAGCCCCCUCCAUCCCCGCCAGCUCGGUCUACAUCAGUAUUGCCGAUGCCUGUGGAUGAGGAAGUCAAGUUGAAGUCCGGCACGUCACAAAGCGAUUCCACCGGAUCGAAUAAACUGCGUGAUUUGCUGGCUUUCCAGACUGCGCUGUUUCAUGAACAGGAAGAAAAGCGUUCUGCUAUUCUUCGCGAUAUCUUGAAGGAUUUCGAGUGGAAAUUCAAACAGGCCGAGAAUGCCAGGAACGAAGCCCUUGACAUCCGACACAGACGAUUUGUCCAGGCUGAGGGGGAGAUGGAUUCGCAAUUUUAUAGCAGUCAGCGGAGUUUGGAGGAAAAAUUCAAAUCACGAGAGGAACUACGAGACGGUGCAGAAAGUCGAAGGACUCAUAUCUUCGACAAUGCCGAAGAAAGAUUUGCGACUGCAUCCGAACAUCUACGGACGUGGUUUUCCAAGCGGGCGACGAUUGCGGACAAAGCCGAAGCUGAAUUCGCAUCGUUGUGCAAGUCCAAGAUAGAGAAUACCAUCCAGGCGAUGGAGACAACGGUACAGGACAUCAGGGGGCGGCAUUCAGUCCUAUUUAUCAAGACUUGCAACCACUAUCAGGAUUCGUUAGGCUUCACUCGCCCCGUAACACCUCAGUCUGAUAUGCUCCCUUCCCUUCAACUCAGCCCAGCCACGCAGUCGGCCAUGUUACCCUCAGAAAGCACAGGUUCAUCAAUGCCGCAUCGUCAUGCUCGUAGUUCACAUGCUCCACCUCCAAUAUCGAUACCAGCUAUCCAUGCUCCGCUGUCGUCGGCAACACCAGAUAAGACUGAAGGGAGGAAACAUAAGUCCGAGCGUGAAACAACGUUUGCUCCAAGAGCAUUGUUACAAACCAACGGAAUUUCUGCUCGCUUGCCUAUGCCUCAGGAUGAGAAUGACCUUUUGGGACAUUGUUCACGUGCGAAAGCCUCCAAUGUUGUAAAAAAUCACAUUAGGAAGCACCAAUCCCUUUUCGAGAAGGGAGAGGCGAGUAGAAGGAAAGAGAUGAAACAUGCUCUGCAGAGGUGGCAACAGUUGUUCGUCAUCAAUGAGAUCCAAAGGCAAGAGACAUUCAAAAGCCAGCUGAGAGAUUGGAGGGACGCUGCAGAAAGAAGGGAAAGUUUGCAGUUCACUUUGUUUUCUGAUGGCCAGCGUGACCGGGAACAGAGAUUCCGGAGUAAAGAGGCUGAGAGGGAGAACUCAUUUUGGGCCUCCGAGAGGUACAGGAACCAGGAAUCUCAAAGGUCCCUGGACUCCAGGAAUAUUCAGUUUCACAAAGAGCAAGAAGCGAUGCUGAAUAACGCUCAUACGUUGGAGGCACAAAGACAGCAAGACUUCGCUGCAUGGGAGAUCAUCGUGCAGGGUGAUUUCAUAGGGAAGAUGAUGAUGUGGAAGGACGAUUUUGCCUCUGAUGAGUUGGCUAGAGAAAAGGAGUUCAUGAAGAUUAUAAAUUCGGUCAAACACUCAGUUUGACGACUUAAUUCGCGUUGUUGUAAACCCACCUAUACUACACCUCAGCUAAUAGUAAUAGACCUCGCGUCGUUUUAGAUACAGAUACAAUUCAACUAUUCAGGUU